GCCGGCGUGUCCAUGAGACAGGUCUCCCGGCAUGCUGUUGUGCACACAGAUGCCUCCGACACGGGCUGGGGAGCCACGUACGACGAGCUCACGGCUUUGGGGGUGUGGACAGCACCCCAGUUGCAUUGGCAUAUCAAUUGCCGCGAGUUAUGGGCAGUAUAUCUGGGACUCGUACGCUUCGCUCAGGAGCUGCGAGGGAAGGAUGUACUAGUGCGCUCAGACAACACUGCGACUGUAGCGUAUAUCAACCGUCAAGGCGGUUUGCGCUCUCGUCACCUGUCGCAUCUCGCUCGUCAUCUCCUCCUUUGGAGUCAGAAGCAUCUGAGGUCCCUUCGUGCCAUUUACAUCCCGGGUACGCUCAAUACAGCGGCAGACGCGCUUUCCCGAGCGGCGCGCCCCGGCGAAUGGCGACUCCACCCCCAGACGGUCCAGCUGAUUUGGAGGAAAUUCGGUCGAGCGCAGAUAGACCUAUUUGCGUCACCGGACAAUACCCAUUGUCGCCUGUUUUAUUCACUAACCGAGGGCAGCCUCGGCGUGGAUGCGUUGGCACACAGCUGGCCGCGGGGCAUGCGCAAAUAUGCGUUCCCCCCAGUGAGUUUAAGUGAUUUGCCCCAGGCGGUAUCUAACACUAUUGACGCGGCACGAGCUCCGUCUACGAGACGGGCUUACGCGUUAAAAUGGAACCUUUUCGUCACCUGGUGCUCUUCGCAACGCGAGGACCCCAGAGAAUGCCCUAUUAACAUUGUGCUUUUAUAUCUUCAACAUAGAUUAGAUGGUAGGCUGUCACCGUCCACUAUUAAAGUUGAUAUCGCCGCUAUAUCUGCGCAUCACUCACUUAUUAACGGCAGAUCAGUGGGCCAGCAUGAUUUGGUUAUUAGAUUCCUGAGAGGCGCUCGCAGGCUAAACCCCUCGCGCCCCCCUUCUAUUCCUCCCUGGGACUUGUCCAUGGUGCUGAAAGCGCUACAGAGUCCUCCGUUCGAGCCUUUGCAGUCUGCGAGUCUGAAGCUUCUAUCAAUGAAGGCUCUGACCCUACUAGCAUUGGCCUCGGUGAAGAGAAUAGGGGAUUUACAUGCAUUCUCUGUUGACGAUUCGUGCCUUCAGUUUGGUCCUUCUGUCUCGAGCGUGACCUUGAGACCCAGACCAGGCUACGUGCCCAAAGUUCCCACUACUCCCUUUAGAGAUCAAGUGGUGAGCUUGCAAGCAUUGCCUUUGGAGCAGGCAAACCCAACCGAGGCUUUGUUGUGCCCUGUACGCGCACUGCGAUUCUACGUGGACCGCACGCAAAGUUUCAGGACCUCAGACCAGCUCUUUGUUUGUUAUGGUGGCCAGCAGAAAGGGAAAGCUGUCACUAAGCAGAGGAUGUCUCAUUGGAUAGUUGAUACUAUCGCCCUAGCUUACAAUUUGCAGGGCAUUCCUUGCCCCUUUAAUUUGAGAGCGCACUCCACUCGGAGUGUUGCCUCAUCUUGGGCAUUAGCUCGUGGUUCCUCGCUAACAGACAUCUGUAGAGCUGCUGGUUGGGCGACACCUAAUACGUUCAUUAGAUUUUACAAUGUUCGUAUCGAGCCUGUAUCCUCUCGUGUUCUGUCCUCACCAGGGAGGACACGGAGAGCAGACUCGCAAGUCGGCUUGCAGCCUCCGACUGAGGCUCCAAAUUGAGUUUUCAGUAUGGAAGGCUAACAGAGCAAAAAUGCGUAAUGGUUUGAUUUGCUCUCUCCACUGCCUUGACAGCCUUUGUUGCGGAGCAUUGGCUGUCAGCCUUUCACUAGCUGUAUUCUUACGAACCUACGUGUUUGGCCAGGGCCCCACAUUGUGUCCCAACGGGUUCCUUUGUGAGUAUUAUUCCGUGGGGUUAAUCCUACCAGCCCACGUUUCCCUUAGCAGAGCACUGCUUUGCUUACACAGCCACGGCUGUCAUUUUUACCUCAACUACGGUUGACUUCGCCCACCAAUAGCCCUUAACGGGGCGGUGGCUUCCGCAGCGUUCCUAUUCCGCUCUGGUAGGGCGCUUCCCAGUCGCUGGCACUACUGUGGGUUAAAGGAACAUCUAGUGCCCGGCCUUCUGCCUUAAAACCUAAUUCUCCUAUCCUUAAGUGGAACCGGAGGGCUUUAUGCAGACACUGGAAGAGGUCAGCCCCUAGUGGCGUUUUAGUAGGGUUUCCCAAUUCGUCGGUCACGACGUGACG